AUGACAGACCUAUAUACUAUACCACAACCAUUAUACUUUGAUAAGAAGUCUGGUAUGUCACACGAUGAGUUCAAGAUUGCCAUCGAAGUGUCUACAACAGUCUAUGUAGGAUUCCUCUCAUUCUACACAACCGAAGAGCAACUCUAUGAACUCUUCUCAAAGUGUGGAGAGGUCAAGAAGAUAGUCAUGGGUUUGGACAGAAUACAAAAGACUCCCUGUGGCUUCUGCUUUGUAGAAUACUAUUCUAAAGAGGAUGCAGCAGAUUGUAUAAAGUAUAUUAAUGGAACAAAGUUGGACGAUAGGUUGAUUCGUUGCGAUUGGGACUAUGGUUUCAAGGAGGGAAGACAGUAUGGAAGAGGUGUUAGCGGUGGUCAGGUGCGUGAUGAGUACAGAACAGAUUAUGACCCAGGUCGUGGAGGCUAUGGCAAGCAGAAACUGGUCGAGAUCGAACAUGGUGUACCAGAGUAUGAUCAACAGGCCGCUCAAGCGGCACCUCCUCAACAACAACCACAAUUCAAGAAGCGUGUUCGUGAUGACGAUGUCGACGAUGGCUCAAAGAAGAGUCAGAGCAGAGAGAAUAAUGGCAAGAGUGGCAGGUUUAGAGAGAGAGAUGAACCAGACGAAGACGAUUAA